AUGGUCGGACCCUUCAAGACCGCUCCAGGCGGCUACACGCACAUCUUCGUGGCAGUUGACAAAUUCACCAAUUCGAUUGAGGUCGAGGCUAUCACCAGCAUCGAGCCGGCUAAAGCCACUCAAUUCGUGGAGGAAGUUACACACCGUUUUGGAGUGCCGAACAGGAUCAUCACCGACGUUGGCAAGCAAUUCACAGGCUCUGAGUUUUGGGAUUUCUACCAAGACAACCUCAUCGAUGUGUACUACUCCUUAGUAGCGUGCCCACGCUGCAAUGGUCAAGCUGAACAUGCGAACGGGAUAGUCCUCCAGUCCCUCAAGUCAUGCAUCUUCGACGAUGCAUCCAAGUAUGCCACCAAGUGGCUACACGAGCUACCCCAUGUCGUCUAG